UAAUAACAAAGUAGACCCUAGACCUAAUACAGGAGGAGCGCCGCAAGAACAAAAGGAUCGGCCUCACGUCUUCAUCUUCUGGGUUUUGAUUUUCUUCUUCUGGUUUUCGUUUUUAGUUCAUACAUCAAAAAAAAAAUACAAAAUUCCAGUUUUAAUUUCUUAUUUUCAAGUUUUCUAUUUAGAUUUUGAGGGCAGUUUCAGUUUUUGGAAAAGGAUAUAUAAAAACUUUCUGACUCUUCAUUCUCAAUUUCGGAUUCGGAAUUCAACUAUGGAGCUUGAUUAAAGUUUGCCGUGGAGUCGACGAGUCGCCGAUCGAGGUCUUGUUCGUGGCUGCUAGUUUCUAUUUCUCAGCUGUUGUUACUCCUAAUUUCAAGGCCGAAUUCAUUUGUAUUGGAUUCCAAACGAAAUUAAUCGAAGCUUCGCGCAAUCAGGAUGGACAAGCCCAAUUACAUAGUCCCAAUACAAACCUGCUUUGCCAUCAAAAACCUGCAUUUCAGCUUCAUCUCCUUCUAACAAGAAACCGCCAUUGUUACCAGCGGAGAACCUUUUUCACAGCAAUAGCGACAGUGAAAUAUGGCAGAGCCUAAUACAUCUCUUGAGACGAGCGAAAAAAUAAGCAGGCUAGCUCCUCAGUUAGUUACAGUAUUAAAGGAGAUGAAAGAAGGAUUGGAUACAGUGACUUCAAAAGUACAAGCUUUAACUGCAAAGGUGAAAGCGGGUCACUUUCCAACACCAGAAGGAAUAAGUUACCUUGAAACGAAGCAUCUGCUACUUCUGAAUUAUUGCCAAUCGCUUGUCUAUUAUCUGCUCCGCAAGGCAAAAGGAUUCUCAAUUGAAGGGCAUCCAGUUAUUCGGAGUCUAGUCGAGAUAAGAUUGUUUUUGGAGAAGAUUCGCCCCAUCGACAAGAAACUACAGUAUCAAAUUCAGAAGCUCACAAGAGAUAGUGAUGCUGCUUCUGAGAAGUCAGUUAUAAGUGAGAAGGGAACAGAUACCCAGAAGGAGGACCUGUUGAAGUAUCGUCCAAAUCCUGAUUUGCUUGUUAGUAAAACACGUGGCACAGAGGAUGGCAGCAAUGUAUAUAGACCCCCCAAACUUGUACCUGCUCCUAUGGAAGAAGAUAAAAUGUCGAGGCAGGAGAGAAAUAAAUCGAGGAAGGAGACAAUGGACUUGCGAAAGGCUAGACAAAACCCGUUUAUGAUAGAUUUGGUGAAUAAUCUUGAAGGUAGACCCGAAGAGGUAAGAGAAGUUGUUGGAACUGAAAGUAGAGAACUCAGAGAGUACAUGGCUAAAAUGGAAGAACGUGCACGACAAGAAGAGGAGACUUUUGCUCGUGCCCCACUCACAAAGAUGGAAAAAAAGAAAAUGAAACAUCUGAAGAAGUCAAGAAAUGGGUUGCUUGGGCUGACAGAUAGUUUCUAUGACGAGAUAAAAAGUUUGCCUUUAGGGGAUGCUUCUGAACAAUCAGCAAACUUUGAUAACAGCAGCGCUGGAAUCAAACAACAGAAGAAGCGUAAGAGGAGGAAUUGAACGACUGCAAGCUUGAGUACAUCAAUAUCCAAGAAUAUAGAGACUUAGGUAGGAAUGAUCAGAGGUUCCUUGGAUCAUGUAAGAUGUACAACUUCAUCAUGAUGUUAAUUUUUGUGACUUUUAUGGCUUCAAAAUCUGCACCGUAUUUGUUAUUGUUUUCAGCAGUUGA